AUGAUAUUAUAUAUACUCAUAUUCAGCUCAUUUGUAACGAUACACUCAUAUCGCAACCACACUUACAUUCCUAAUUUUCAACAAUUUAACACUAAACUCGAUCUGACUAAAGAACCUGUAAAUUUAAUUAAUUGUGAUAUUGAAUUCCAAGGGCAUAUCGGUUUCGAAGCUACUGAAAAGAUAAAAGAAAAAUUACCAAAAUCCAUAGAGUUUAUUAGUAAGAAGAUGGUAAAAAACAUAUUAGAUCAUGAUUUGGAUGUUAUUAAUAAUAAACCAAACCAACAGAAACCAAAGUGGAAGAUAAGGAAUAAUAAGAAAAGAUUUGAUGUUUGUCAUUUUAAGGUUGGCGAAAAAGUUAAGGGAAGAGUUUCUUCAGUUUUCCCAACGUACGCUCUGGUUGACAUCGGUAGUACAAAAUACGCUGUUCUCCAUGCUAGAGAUCUUAGCUUAGGCUGGGUAGACAGAGUGGACCUGACUUUAACCCCCGGAGAAGAACUUGACGUCUAUAUAAAGUCAAUUAACACUGAAUUCAACACUAUUAAAUUAUCGCUAAUUACACCAUCAGAAACAGGAAUAUCUGAUAAGGAAAGGAAACCCUUAACAAAUUAUCAAAUUGAAGAUGUGGUGGAGGGAGUGAUUGUUCGCAAGUCUCCACUGGGAUACUACGUUGACAUUGGCGCAAAAGUAGAUGCUUUUCUACACAUAAGUGACCUUAAAAUAACGGACAGGAUGAGAAAAAGUAAACCCGGUAAAAAUUAUGUUAAUAAAGACAAAUAUCAAAUUGGUAAAAAGUUGGAAAAUUUAUAUAUUAAGUCAAUUAACAUUUUAAAAAACAGAAUUGGCUUAUCUGAGAAUACCUUUUUCGAAGAAUUAGAAAGAAAUGUCAUGACUGGCAAAGAAACACCAGAACAACAAUCAUCAUAUCUAAGAAAUUAUAGUUUGGAUUUUGUAAAGGAACUUAGAGUAAGAGAUAUUGAGAAUAUGAAGGUGAUUGGAGGAUACGACGACUAUUUAAAAAGCCUCAAUGCUAACAGAAACACAUCAGUUGACCACUUGUUAUAUUUAGAAAAUUUACAAGAGCAAAGGAAGAUAAAAGAGGAGCAGAAGAAGCUAUUUAAAGACAUGAGUAGUAAACAGAAAAUAAAGCGUGAUCAAGAAUAUUUUAACAGGUUAACCCACAAAUUGUGCGAUUUAAACGAUUCUGCAUAUGAACCCACAAAUGAUGAAAAAUCCAUUUACAAAUAUGGUGAUAAUAAAGUUUGGACAUCGAAUGUAUACACACCAUUUCAAUUCUCAAACAAUAAAUCAAAUGAUUCUGAUGAAGUUGGUAAUGAAAAUCAGAAAGAUGUGGGACAUUCCAACUCUAAACAAGUGAAUCAAAUGAACGUUAAUAUGCAAUACUUUAAAACAUUGAAUGAUGAAAUAGUUGAUGGCCUGAAAGACGUUCAAGGAGAAAAUUUCAACUUGAAACAAAAAUACGAAGCAGUUCACAAAUACGAUGAGCCUUACAAACUAAUUGAUUAUCUAUAUGAUCAGUUCCACCAAAAGCCAAGUAAUCUCUCGGUACAAAAAGACAAAUAUGAAUACAAAAGAGGUUACAUUCACCCAUCAAUUACAGAUAGUACUGAAACUCCCAAAACUGACUCUAGUAAUGUUAACUCGGCUGAUAAGGAUAAUAGUGUAAAGAAUAGUGAUGUAUUGGAGUUUUCAGCUGACGAUAGCGAAAGGUAUGAAAAUGUGUUAAAGAGGGAGAAAUUGAUCAAAGAGUUGUUGAGUAGUGACGAUCCUGACGUGGUGGAGGUGGGGGAAAUGCUUAAUGAGACGAAGAAUUUCGACCCCUUUAAGCAUUGUCAAACCCUUAAAGAAUCUAAGGAAUCCGAGAUAAGAGGAGCAAGAAACUUAUUCCAAGACGAUGUAAUGCAAUGGAAUGAUAGAGUUUGUAACCUUAUAUCAGAUAACCCAGAAAUUAUUCCUGAUUUACAACCAGAUACUACUGAAGAUAAGUAUGUUAAAGAUGAGUUUGAUUCAGUGGUUUCACCCUUGGAAGAAGAGGAAAUCGAGAAUAUUGACCCCAAAGUUCUGAAAUCUCUGGAAGAAGAUGAUUAUGAAUUCACAACUCCUUUCAUUGAGGGUAUGAAGACUAGUGAGCAUGCGUAUGAUACAUACAAAGAGGAUCUUGAUACUUUCCCCGACUAUGAUUCAAAUGAACUUCAAGAUCAGUUACAACUUCCAGAACAUGUAAAUCAAGAUGAGUCAGAUAAUUUAAUCAAAUGUUCUGAACCUAAUAUUUCCAAAACACCCACUAACUUAUCUGGAACUGAUCCUAAAUUUAGAAGACAUUUGGUAAAUAAAGAUGAAAAAGUUGACAUCAGGAGUUUAAUUAGUAAAUUAAAAAAGAACAAGAAAAUUGAAAAGGAAAUGUCAUUUACCGAUUCUCCCUUGACAACUUUAGUGUUAAAUUCCCAGCCAAAGACUCAUGAACAACAUGAAAACAAAGCAAAUGCAAUUAUCAACGAAAUUAAAAACGCAGUUCACAACAUUACGAACACCAUCUCCAAUGAUGUUAGUUCUGGUGAAGUGGAUACCAAUAUCAAUACUAUGACUGAUACAGUCAAUGAUACAGGCAAUAGUGUUGAUGAUAUGGAUAACAAUUCUGUCGAUAAUGUGAAAGAUUAUAUAAUUUCACAGUUGGAAAAACAAGAGAGCCUGGAUAGGUUUUUAGAGGAAUCCGGAGAGGCUGAAGAAGACUUGGAUGUUUUUCAUAACAAAAAUGACCUUAAACUAUUGAUAAAAUACGCCAAAAAAAAUUUGACUCCAAACGAUUAUAGUGCCAUAGAAAAGCUGACAAGGAGUGGGAACGAGUACACGGAACAACGGAUUAUGGACGCGCUGAAAAGCUGUUACAGCAGAGAGGAAGAAAAAACAAAGUACAAGUACUACGAAGAAGGUUAUGACAAAUAUCUUUAUAAUUUAGAGAAUUCGGAGCAAAAUUCAGACGAUGGCACGAAAGCCUAUGAGACGAACGCCAAGUUUAGAAUUCUAAUGAAAAACACAAACUUCCUAAACAUGCUCAAACGUCUUAAUGUUGAUGAAAAUAUGUUAAACGUAAACAAUAUUACUCAGUUAUUGCCUCAACAGUAUCACUUUCAGAGAAUGACGCCAACUACCGAACUAACAUAA